GUUCUCAAGCAGCCAGAAACAGGAACGCUUCAGCAUAAACUCUUUUGCUUUCGUCGAGGACUACCCUGAGGUGUACUUGCACUGCACAGUGAUGGUGUGUAACUCCACCGACCCGACCUCCCGGUGCGCCCAGGGCUGCCUGACGCCUCCAGCCCGACACAAGAGGGCUGCUCCCGAAGCCGAGCCGCGGUACAACGUGUACAAGGGUCCCAUUAUGAACCCGGGGUACAAGCGGCCUAGUGACGUGGAUGUUGCAGAAGAAGUUGAGGAUAACCGUGGAGCCCGCGUUCCCCCCGGUGUCGUGACGUCACUGGUUCUUGCUGUCGGGCUGCUGCUGUGUGCUGUCGUCACCUUGGUGGGCGUCAUCGCCUACAUGCGCAUGCGCACAGCCCGCAAGGAGCUCUACAUGGCUCUACCGACUGAUGACCUGGAGUGAAUGACCUUGCUUCUUCUUAGCAUUUUUCCCAUAUAUGGCUUUAUUUACGUGCAUUGUCUGAUGCAAAAAGGUCACAGUUUGACCUAUCCCAAAUGCCCUUCUGGGAUAGAAACGCGAUGCAACGUUUUUGACUUCUCCCAGUAGUUAAACAAUAUGAAUGAUUAAAAUUCCCUUUCAGAUAUCACGAGUAUCUAGCAUUUUCUUACUUUUGUAGUUCUUUCAAUAAUGGAAGAUUUCUUGUCAUGUCAUUGUAGCUAACUUGCAUGCAUUAUUAGAUAUGCUAACUUUGUAAUGUAGACAAGAACACAGUGACGCUGAUGCUGUACCGCAGUCCAGUGUGAUGAAGUGGUGUAAAUUUGGGCCAUCAAGUUUAGAAGUUUUUUUUUAGAAAAAGGCUAUACAAUGUAAGUUUACAGAUGUAAACAUCACAAGACACGCCUGAACUUUCCUUGCCCCGUCGUCUUGUCAUAAAAGUGACAGGUAAACGUUUGUCUCCCAAAUACUGGAUGUGUUCCUCCAAGUUUAAUAGUAACUUGGGGCUAACUCAUUUUAUAGUGGGGAUUUCAAAAUGGCUUAGGCCUAAGAUGUAGCAAGGUUAAAUAAAGGUUGAAAAAAAGGAAUGGUCGGAGGGAGCAAUAAAUCAUAUCUAUUACAUAAUGUAGUAUCUUUUCGAAAAAAAAAAAACGAUGCUGGAGUUUAAUGACAAGCAGAACUACUCAGGAAUCAUUGCGCUCACCUCUACCCAACAAUCGUUGCACUUGGAAUGGUCCCAACAAGGAAACGUUUGCGAAAAACUUCGUUCGCAACGGUCAAAACUCAGAGCUAACAUCGCAACGAGUCAUCAACAAGAAAAACUUCUUGGUCUCUGUGAGAAACCUCUACUACGUUCCGACAGCAAUAUGGCCUCGCCGUAUGGGCCAAGUUUAGGCCUAAUAUCUCUCUUAGCAAUCUGGCUGGUAGUGGCAUCUUUGACAGCAACCGUUGCAGGAAGCGAGAGUACUGACCCGUACGUCACCCUGGGUUGCUGGAGGGACACUGCUGACCGCGCCAUUCCGACACUCGAGGGGACAGAUCCACGCCUGGAUAACAGAUAUUACCCGGCCCGUCAAAACCCCAUAGAAAAGUGUUACCUGGUCGCCUUUGAUCGCGGAUUUCGCGUGUUUGCUGUACAAGAUGACGGGGCAUGUAUGGGGUCUGCUGAUGCCCACAACACCUACAAGAAGUACGGACCCUCUACAGCCUGUGCAGCGGACGGCGAAGGGGGGCCUUGGGCGAACGAGGUCUACCAGAUUACAGCUAACGUACCCGAAGAAACCACCACUUUUGUCAACGGAACAAGUGAAACAGCGCCCCCUACCGAUGUCUCGAACACCACAACAGCACCUGUACAGCAUGAGACAGUCGCAAGUGUUACGUCAGCUGUGCCGGAAGCAACCAUCAUGACAGCAUCGAGGGCACAAACGGGGGAACCGAUCUCUACCAAGGCGUCAAUAACGUCAGCUGCAGAAGACGAAGGAAGCGAGAGUGUUGACCCGUAUGUCAGUUUGGGUUGCUGGAGGGACACUGCUGACCGCGCCAUCCCGGUACUCGAGGGGACAGAUCCACGCCUAGAUAACAGAUAUUACCCGGCCCGUCAAAACCCCAUAGAGAAGUGUUACCUGGUCGCCUUUGAUCGCGGAUUUCGCGUGUUUGCUGUACAAGAUGACGGCCAGUGUUUCGGAUCCGCUAAUGCCCACAACACCUACAAGAAGUACGGACCCUCUACAGCCUGUGCAGCGGACGGCGAAGGGGGGCCUUGGGCCAAUGAGGUCUACCAGAUUACAGCUCCCUUUGAGGAUAUCUGCCUGGGUACCACUACUUGCGACAGAUCAGCUGGGGCAUCCUGUCGUGCCUGGGGAGACCCUCACUACAUCUCGUUUGACGGGACGAGAACAGACUUCAUGGGGACCUGCACCUACACACUGGCGGAGAGGACGGAAGAACCGGCCUUCAGGGUGGCGGCUAAGAACGAGCACAGGUACGGGCGGACCCACGUGUCGUACAUUAGCAGGGUCACUGUGGAGGUGUACGCACAUAGGAUCACCGUGUCCAGAAACAACCGGGUUUCGGUAAGACGAACACCAAUCUUCAUUUUUCUGGCAUUAAAAGAUUCACGUGAUUAUCAUCAAAGCUUUUUGAUAACCUAGUAGGUUAUUUGCACUGCAUGUAGGUCGCUGUUCAGAUGGUCCCAACGAAUCAUCAUAUUAUAAGGUACUACUAUACUAAGCCCCGACUGUUUUCUUUCUAAUGUGAUCUUCUUUGCUUUUCAUUUGUACUUGAUUUCUCUCUCUGUAAAAUAUGUAUGCUUUUUUAUGUAAGGGGUAGCGUCAAAAUAAAUCUUGCACUUGAGUGCGCUACCUCUUUGUCAUAUUGUAUUACAGUUUAAAUGCUUGAAUAAAAAAA